AGCUAAGUUGACCCAUGAUCGUUCUCAGCUGUCUGGUAAUGACUUAGAACUAGUUGUAAUGAAAGAUUUUACAAGUUUAAUUCGCUUUAUUGUCCAUGAAAUAACGGAAGACAUUUUCGUGUGACAAGAAUAUUUAAUAGGGAAUGAAAAAGCUCAAACGGAAGAAACAUAAUAGCGUAGGAGUUGGGGUAAAUGGACCUGUCGAGAGAGGAAAGUCAACCAACUGUUUAGCUAGCAAGCAAGAUGUCAACUGUGGGAGGAAACAGAAGUUGGCUGAGAUCCAUCAGGCUUUGAGCAGUGAUCCGGUGGACAUUGAGACCCUUAGGAGGGCCGCUGCCAGUAAAGGGGGACUGCUCACAGAUGAAUUGCGGAGAAAAGUGUGGCCCAAACUACUUAACAUCAAUGUAUAUGAACUACCAUAUAAGCCUGGAAGAGAUGGACAGGAGAACCAUAAGGACUACAACCAGGUCGUCAUGGAUGUCAGGAGAUCCAUGAAACGCUUCCCUAAAGGUAUGCUGUCUUCAGAAAGAGCCGUUCUGCAAGAACAGCUCAUUGGCAUCAUACUGGAGGUUUUAAGAUGCAACCCGCAGCUCAACUACUACCAGGGCUACCACGACAUGGCCGUCACGCUGCUGCUGGUCGUCGGGGAGCGGAUGACUAUCGCAAUGCUGCACACCUUAUCCAAAUAUCACCUCAGGGAUUUCAUGGAUCCUACAAUGGACAGCACCAAACAUAUUUUAAAUUACCUGAUGCCAUUAUUGGAAGAAGUGGACAAAGAGCUUCAUGACUUCAUGAUCAGAGCGGAGGUGGGGACCAUCUUUGCGCUGUCCUGGCUCAUCACCUGGUAUGGACAUGUCCUCUCAGAGUUCAAACAGACGCUGAGGCUCUACGACUUCUUCUUGGCCUCUCACCCCAUGAUGCCCAUUUACCUCGCUGCUACGAUUGUGUUGCACAGGGAGAAGGAGGUGAAGCAGACUGAAUGUGACAUGGCCAUGGUGCACCUCCUCCUCUCUCACAUCCCCCAGGACCUCCCUUAUGAGCUCAUCAUCGGCCAGUCGCAGGAGCUGUUCGACCGCUUCCCUCCCUCCUUGCUGGCCAGGAGGGCGGAGCUGCGAUCUCGUAAAAGAGACCGGACUCUGUACUCCAGCGCCUCACCAUGUCCUCCAGACGAGCCCCCAUCCGACCGACCCACCCCAAUUGUCAUUUACCAACCUUCCUCCUCCUCCCCACCCUUGUUCUGUGCUCGUAGCAGCUCGUCACUCGGGCCUGGAAGUGGCUUUGUCCCGGGACGGAGGCCAGCGUUGGGGGAAGGGGAGCAAGAUGGUGAAGAUGGCCGUGUGGGGGCUGUCGGCGACGCUGGGGGCAGCCGUGCUCGCCGUGGCUCAGACCGCCUUGGACUGGGGACCCGACAUGUUGCUGCAGCUCUUCUGAUGCGGCGUCGGGUUUGUCGUAGGGUCUUUAAAGGGCACACAGGCUCACGUUCUCGUGUUAGGACUUGAAGCUAGUAUCUGAGAGGGAAGUUAAUAAAAUGGAAGGAAGUUAAUUUAAGUAGCAGCUCAGUGGGACAAAGCGUGACCCAUGGGAUGCUUUACAUCCAGGUUACAGUGUCACACUGCCGUUGGCAUUGUUCAGCUUUAGGCUUCUGUUGUUAUGCACGUGUGCGUGUAUUAAAAAUACAUAUUUUAGUUUAGUUGUUCUGGUGCACUUGUGAUAUCUGCAGCUGUAUCUGGAAGCCAAAAAAUGCCGCUGGCCAAAGCGAUAAGAGAAAUUAUUUAAGAGCUCCAAGCUUCCUGUUGUUGGCAGAGGUGGAGAGCAGAAGAUGACGAAAAGGUAGGCACCGUGUAUUUCCACAGGUGUUAGCAAGGUGUGUACAAGCAUAUAGCAAUCACAAGCAUUCAGUUCUUGGACGCGUGUGACAGCCCCUCUGUAGUUAGGUUUUUCAGCUGAAAAAUGCACACCUGUGCAGGGUUAUGCAGACAUGCACCCAUUUAUUCAAUAUCCUUUUGCUUCACAUGUCACAGAAACAUUUGUUGAACUCACUGUUUUUACCAAAUUUAAUGGAAGAAAUUGAUUUUUUUUGUGUAGAAAAAGAAACUUCAAGUCCUCUACCUGUCGGAAAUCAUUAUUAGAAAAUAAUUGUGGCAUUUCAGAACCUAAGAAUGGAUUAUUAAUAAUACAGACAAGGCAAAGAAUUACGUUGGCGCUAUCUGCAGCAUGUGUGAAAUAUUUAUCUGCUUUUUACGAGCUCGCAGCCCAGCUGCAUCUGUUAGCACAACUUUGCUGGAGUUGCAGUGCAGCGCAGCCCUGCCCCGUCUUAUCCCUCUCAUCAGGCUAAUGGCGAGCAUGUGUCAGCUGCAAGCCGCGUUGAUUUAAAGUCGCAGUGAAAUGUGUGAACUUGCACCGUGUUUUAAGUGCAGCUCAUCAAAACAAACACACAGGGGGAGCAAAAACAAAACAAAAGACAGAGGACAAAACGAGAAGGUUAAAAGGUUAGUUUGGCCUCAGCGUGCACGUCUCCAGGGCUGCCUGAGGCAAUCAGAGCAGGGUUGCUGAGCUGAGUAAUUAACAAUCCAGUGGAUCUGUCACUCUUAUUACUUGGCUAGUUAAGAGGCUCACAGUAGAACUGAGACUUUUAUUGUUCAUCACUUUUUAAUUAGACUGUCGAUAAAUCAGUGCCUGUUUGCUGGUCCGUGAUCAGUUAGCCAGUUUGUGUGUGUGUAUGUGUGUACCUUUUUUGUGUACCUCGAUGCUCUCGUAUUUAUUUUAAUUGCAACAAUCUGGCUAUUGAAGGGAUCUUGUUGCAGUGAGCCAUAAUAAUGUCUUGGUCACUGUGGUAAGUAAAUUGUCAACAAGCUUAACGGACAUGCGCAUGGCGUUCAUGUAAACGGUGUUUGUUUUUAGUUUAUGUCACAGAAAUGUAAAUUAUGUCUGCCCUACAGCUGCUUUCUCAAUUACAAAAAUACUCUUUUUGCUACUCAGUAAGCCUUUACAUGUAUCACAGUGCUUUUAAGUAUAGUUUAGAUGUGAGAUGGACAUGUUGUCAAGACACCUGAUUUAAACUAAGAAGUGGUGCUGAUGCCAGAUCUUAAUGAGGAUUUAAAUUCCUGCUCUUGGCACGCACUCCUCGUUCUCCCUCACACACAUCUGCAACAAACACCUGCACUAUUUAUCUGACACACAGUGAAUCAAACCAAUUAAAAUAAUUGUAUUCUGGUCUAUUCUGUUUUUAAUAUGUAAAAUCCUAUUUAUGGUUGUUGCUAACAAAGAAGGUUGAUGCGGUAUGAGCCAUUAUAGUCAACAGCAUUUGUUAUCAUACAUCUGUUUAAUGAUUAUAUUGCAAAUAAAUUAAAAUAUCAAACUGUCAGUGAUGAUUAAUCCAAAAAAAAGCAGCUGGAGCAAUUUAAAGAAGGCCGACUGUAGUCGUGCACAAUUAAAUACGAAAUUAACCUCCUCUUUUUGUGCAAUCGUACAGAUGUUGUCUCUGUAGACUCAACUGACGUCCCCCUGAGAAUUUAGGUCAGUUGUUGGUGCGUGGGGGGGGCGGUUGGAGCAUCUGUCUGUCAACCCCCUUGACGGCGACAAGCACUACAAGGCUGGAGGGGGGUUUGGGGGAUGGCAAAAUGUCAGGAAGUUAGUAGAUAGGCAUCAGGUGGAUGUGUUUGCGGCGGCCAAGGGGUAGCUGAGGUCGUCCCAACAGCACAACCCCCCUCCUGCAUGGAGAUGAGCUAGAGAGGAGGUGGCGAAAGCAGAUGUAGCCCCAACGUGAACGCACAGCCUCAAGGUGUCUGGACGUUCUCUCUCACACGCACACACACACACACACACACACAAAAACAAACACACACUGGCUACUUGUUGGCGCCCUAAACAGCACUGAUAUUUCACAUGCUAGCUUUGAUUCUAGCUACCUCACAAAUUCUGCAAGCAUGUGUUUGCGUUGCAUGUGUGCACUUCAUAGUUCACGUAGAGGUGCUGUGUGUGUGUGUGUGUGUGUGUGUGUGUGUGUGUUUUGGGCACAGGGCUCGCCAGGAACAACAGCUGCUCCAGGGGUCUGCCUGUUUACAUAUGUAUGUUUUUUUUUUUGUCUCUCAUGACAAACUCACGCAACUCGUAUGCCGCCAAUAGGAGCACCUAGACUCCACUCCACUGUUGUGUAACGGCGUACAGUCAUUUGAAAAAUUAGGACACCCCACGGUUCUAAAAAGCACUCACUGUAAAGUAAAGGUGUUCAGCCGAAUUGCCAACAAAAUUGUUACACACAUCGAGGGGACUGACAAGCACGUGUGUAAAAUUUGAGAAAGAUCGGUAAAAACAUGGCCCCCACCAAGCAAAAUGCCUUAGUAAGUCAUUGGCCAUUUGCCUCAUGAUUAUAGAACUUUAAGCAUAUCUGUAUUAAAUGUAUGCUAGCAUGUCUUCCAAAGCAUUUGGAGCACAACCAAAAGGGGGCGCCACAAAUGUCAUUUCCAUUCAAAAUAUUGGUGUUUCCUUUAUUGAGCCAAGUCACAUACUUGACAUGAAACUAAUUUCACGGCACACCACCAAACCUGUCAUGGCUUUUUCUGUUGUAUCAAUGACAACAGGUUAAUUAUGUAACUUCUGUCAUCCUGUGGAACAGCCUGCCACUGUUCAUCACUGUAUAGAUAGAUUGACAAAGAUAAUCAUUUUCGGACCAAUUAAGUGAAAAUGGAUAAUGAAAGUGGAUAAUUUCGUGUGGCACACUUGAUAAUCUUUCAUGCUCUCAUGUGCCACCGCUGGGUACAAUAGCCUUUUGGAUGAAACGUAAUCAUAGCACGUUACAACUUUUCUCUCUCUUGAAGGAAGCCUGGCUUCACCCAAGCUUUUAUUGUCUGCACAAUUUUUUUUUCUGCUUUCCCUCCCACUCAGCCCUUCACUCUGUCAUGGAUCAGAGAACAUGUCGCAAAGUGCUUUGCAAGGCAACACGUGUGCAGCGCGCCCCUGCAUGCUGAUGCGACUCUGCGGCUUGCUAGCCUGCCUUGUGCUCUGCAUCUGCUCAACAUCUGCAUGCGCGUGCCAGCACUUGAUCAGCGAGUCUCCGUCAAGCAGAAACCUUCCUGUCUUCUCAUCUGCAGCUUGAGAAUUUGCUCACAAAAUGUACAUGAAGUUCAGACACAAUUUGCCGUUUUCUGGCAAACACCCAAACCCCACACUCCAGUGUAGUUGUGUAAUAUUUGACCCAAACAAAUAUAAUAUAGUUGUUUAAAAACAACAAAAAUGUUAUCCCCUCCAAUUUUACACUUUGUGUUUUUUGGGGGGAAUUGCACAGUAUUCCUUUUUUAUAGUGAGUAAUUGCACUAUGUUAUGACUUGUACUAAAUUCCUUUGAGAAAUUCCACUACAUUGGAACAAAAUCCAACAAAAUUUUUGUGACUCUCCAUGGAAGCACACUAGUUUGACUAAGUCUUCCCAAUGAAAUAUCCCCGUAAUUGGUGUUAGAGACAACAGAGAUGUCAAAGCACUCUUACAUCCACGAGUCCCACCUCCAAUUAGUCUUUGGCAUCCACAGUCACUGUGCAGCAGGUGUGAAACUUUUCAUUUAAACUUUGCCAGCGUCCGGCGCAGUGUCAUAUUAUGAAUCUCUGAUAACCCCCGGGCCUCAUUAGGCUGAAAGCAAGGUCGUGGUCAUGCUGUCCUACGCAUACCCUUUAUACUUACUGCUCAUGCUUUUAGCGUGUGGCAGCCUUCUCUGCAACGUGGACACGAGGGAGUGACCUCUUGUACUCUUGGCCCCCUGGGUCCUACCGAUACCAACCCUCACCCUGGACCUCACCUCUGUUUCCAUGGACGCCAAAGGAAUUUGGACGUGUCGCUCCAACUGUCAUCAAAAAUUCAGCAGCUCCCAAACAGACAAUCUUGACUUUUGACAAGCUCUGAGGAUUUUGCACGUUUUUUCCCUCCUCCUCACCACACACUACUAAUUUACACUCCCGGAGUUGAUCGAUGUGUCAUUUAUGUCAAAACAAAAACAUGGAACAUGCUGUUGAGUCCAAAAAUAGAGCCUCCAUAUGUACUAUUUUGCUGACUGAUUUCACACAUCUGCAAAAGUUUCCUCGCUCUGACUAUAUUAAAAAGUGUCACGGCGACAUUGUGAUGACGUCUUGUUAAUCUCUCACUGACUCGCUGUCAGUGUUUCGCUCAUCUCCCCGUCCGCUAAUACACCCAUGGCGCCCAGCCUGAGAUGGCGAGUUCAUUUUUAAGCUUCAAUUGGAUCCGUCCGUGUUGAGCUUUCUGCGGAGAAGCACAUCUUUGGAUGUUUUUUUUUUUUUUUUUUUUUUACAGCCGGGACACAUCAAUCUGUCUUAAGUCACAUGGGCUCCAGCUCGUGUCCUUCAUUUGGAAAAACACCUUGCAGAAAAAUGCGCGUUUGCAAAAUGUCAACAAGCGUUCCAUGUGUAUCUUGCCUGGGUAUACUUGGAAUGUGUUUGCGAGCACAUGUGUGUGUGCGUGCGUGGGUAUGUGUGUGUGUAUGUAAGAAAUAUGAAUUUGUUGGUAAAUGUCAAGAAGUUGGCAGUCUAAUGGUCGGCCUGACAAAUGAUCCAUAAAGCCACAAAGUGAUUGGCUGGGAGAUUGUCAUUCAUUCUAAUGCAACUGUCAUUGUGUGUGUGUGUGGAGAAUGAAGCAGUGCAGACACGCAGUUGCAGUUUAAUUACAACCAGAAUGGACUUGCUGGUGUGUUAUACGUUUGUCACGUUGACGAAACAUGUACUCAGGAGAAAUUGGUAGGAUUUGCCACUAAAAAUCAUCCAUGUAGCACAUUUCUGGGUUGAAAAGCUCUUAUUGUUCAUCCAUUCCAUUAAAACAAUUUACCCACAUGUUAACCCAUGGACUGCACGCCAAUAGUGUUUAACAAAAUCUAGCAUGUUUGUGGCAGGCUGCUUCAUUUUCUGCACAGCAUGUCCGCCAUAUUUGUGCAGGGUGUCGCAGCAGCUUGCUUGGAGAGUGGUUUUGUGCCUGUGCAAGAGGCUAGCAAUGAAACAAUGACACUGAUGUUGCUGGAAAAUAGCCCAGUUUUAAUCUUGUAUGACUUCCUCCUAAAUUGUCAAAAAAACAUUUCACCUGGGCUUGAUAUGUUAACUUUUUCCAUCAGACAAAAACCCUACGUCGUCCUUCCUAACCUUUACUUUGACAUCUGAUAUAUCCUGUAAGACGUCUUUACCGCAAGCCGUGACAUCUGUAAAGCCGAACCUUAUGUUUGAUUGUAGCCAGUUGCUCCCUGCAUAUGAGAAAAUGUGGUAAAUAAAAUGUAUUGCUCUUCAUAUAUUUAAUAGUUUGAGCCAUAGACCAGACAGCUGGAGGGGGUUUGUAUUUGUGUUUGAUGUACGUUUGAAUCUACGUUCCUCUACAGGGAUACAAACUGAAAGUAUACCCCCGCCCCCAGGCACCACCCAACUUCCUUGGACUGCACAGAUUUCCAACUCCUUCGUUUGCAUGCAAGCCGUGACAUCUGUAAAGCCGAACCUUAUGUUUGAUUGUAGCCAGUUGCUCCCUGCAUAUGAGAAAAUGUGGUAAAUAAAAUGUAUUGCUCUUCAUAUAUUUAAUAGUUUGAGCCAUAGACCAGACAGCUGGAGGGGGUUUGUAUUUGUGUUUGAUGUACGUUUGAAUCUACGUUCCUCUACAGGGAUACAAACUGAAAGUAUACCCCCGGCCCCAGGCACCACCCAACUUCCUUGGACUGCACAGAUUUCCAACUCCUUCGUUUGCAUGCAGUUUCCUCCCUGAAAAAAGGUGAGCAUGUUCCAUCUGUACAGACGGCAAAGGCGUGAAGAUGAGAGACUCGCUCUUUUAAAAACUCUUAAAAAGGAGCAACACACAUCAUUAAGAUGAAGCGGCUGACCACAGUGGAGCACCGCCAGACAUGGGAGACAGCACAAGUAGAAAUUCAUCAAAGACAACGUCUGGCAAAGAGUUUAAAGGUGGUCAAAGCACCCGGUGAUCAAGCAAAGCCUCUUGGCUCAUCAGCACUGCCUUUAUAAGUCGCAUUCAGCCAGAGUGCAAAACGAAUAAUGUUUGCUUCACAACGUAAAGAUUUCCCACGUUAUAUCUGUCUUGGUUUAGUCGCGGUCUCUCCUGACAAGACUUGAGGACCCGGCAGCCUUGUGAUCCAUGGUCACAACGGGGAAAAAAAUGCAAAGCAGUCUCCAUUAACAGGAUUGUGUGCUUGUGUGACGCAAAGCUCACAUGACCGUAAAUUGCGCUAUAAGCG